AUGUCUUCUGCGCAGAGCAAAGGCGUCGCCAUCGGAGGAGGAGGAUGCGCUGGGGUCACUGCACUCUAUGCAUUGCAGAGGUCUCCGCAUGAUGUACAUCUUUUCGAGGCCUCGCAUAGUCUUGGUGGACGUAUGAAGACGAUAUCAAUCGAAUUUAAUGGGAAUCGAGGUGAGCUGGAUAAGGAAACUCCGAUUCUCAAUGCCACGGCUUCUCGUCAGUGUAUUCUGCCGUGA